UGAAACGAUCCGAAAAGAGCAGGACAGAAUCGCAGCACUCUGGGAGAUCUAUUCCGAAGCCGCGAACUGGACUCUCUACAAUGACUCUUUGGAAAAGUACUACUAGUUGUUCUCGACGGAUGGAUGACAAUAAGUACUUAAUUUGUUCUGGUACUAGUACCGACUGAACUCUCUCCUACAUAUCAUAAUGACUCAUUGGAUGAAAUAAAGUACCACUGACUGGACUCUUUAUGUCUAAGUCUACAGUGACUCAUGUAGUUACUAAUUGGAGGACUCUCUCCUGGUAUAAUGCCUCAUGAUAUCACUUGGAGGGUCAUGAUAUUACAAACUACCGCACAUAGGUUACGUGAAUACGCAGAACUUGCGGUGGACUACGAGAGGCUAGUGAAUGCCACCGAGAGGACCAUGCGACGGUGGGAAGACCUACUAGACGAAGUGAUGCAAAACGCCACGGAAGCAAGAAUAGAGUUCCAACAGU